UGAAAAGGAAGACAACGGCGCCGUUUAACCGACCCGCGAAAACCCCAGCCCAUGAUGAAAGAAGGGGGUGGUGGGUUUAGACUUUAGUAGUGUACUGCGAAAUUCAUUCAAUUAAAAAAAAAAUUGAGCAAGGGGGAAUACUACAACUUGUCUGCUCAAGUUCCGUUGGUAAACCCUAGGUGAUUGGAAGGUAUGGGGAAACGAAAUCAGAUGGUUGAACUAUCGUCGGAAGAAGAAGAAGAAGAAGAAUCGUAUAAGUUAAGGUCAUCGCUGCGGUCUAGUGCCAAGUCGAAAUCGAGGUCCUCCGGUGGCAGCAGAACGAAGAAUCCUAGAGCCUCCAAGAAAUCUCGACUUUCCGGAGCUCACGUUGACAAGAUCAGAUUGUCGUUCGAAGAUUUCGACGAAGCUUUGAGCGGCUUCAACGCAUCUCCUAGUUAUGAAAGGAGGAUCAACAAGAACACGGAUCUAUGGGUUGACAAAUACAGGCCUCACACCUUGGAAGAGCUUUCUGUUCACAGCAAGAAGGUUGAACAAGUUAAACUUUGGUUCGAGCAAUGUUGUUUCGAUUGCUCCAAGGAUGGUGUUAGGAAUAAUGUUCUACUACUCACCGGUCAAGCUGGCGUCGGAAAAUCCGCUACUAUCCAUUUACUUGCCUCCAUCCUUGGCCUCACUCUCUAUGAGUGGAACGCUCCUAUUCCUACUGUCUGGCAAGAACAUGUUCAUAUCUCUACUUCUGGACUCAAGUACUCUUCCAAGCUGGAUGAAUUUGAAAACUUCGCUGACACUACUAGAAAAUACGGACUGAUUUCUUCAUCGACUACUAUGGGAACUAAACCCCGCCUUGUUCUUUUGAUUGAUGACCUUCCUCUAGCCCAUGGGAGGCAUGCUUUUGAAAGGCUUCAAAACUGCUUAAUGCUCUUGGUCAAAUCAACGCAGAUGCCUACUGUUGUAUUAAUCACGGACUAUGUUAUGGCAGACUCUUCUGACCAAACUGCCCGAUCUAUGGAGGACCUUCAGUCAUCUCUUGAACGAGCAGGAGCUUUUAAGGUGGCUUUUAAUCCCAUUACCAAGAACUCAAUUAAGAAGACACUUCAGAGGAUAAGCAGAGAAGAGCAUUGUAAGGUAACGACUGCGGAGCUUGAUCAGAUGGCUAGUGCCAGUGGAGGAGACAUCAGACAUGCUAUUACGUCUUUGCAACUCUUCUCUGUUAAGCCAGAACUUAAUCACGCAAAGAUGAAAUCAACAUUGUCUAUCAUGGGUAACAGUUACCACCGAAAUGAGCAGACAAUAAUGCACAGUGGUUUGGAUAGUGGAAUAUCUUCCUGUUUCGGUAGAGAUGAGACCCUUUCGUUGUUUCACGCCCUCGGAAAAUUUCUCCACAACAAAAGAGAGACUACUGAUAACGUUAUUAUAUCAGAUUGCAGUAACCAUCUUGUGCAUAGCCAGUUUGCAAGGUUACCACUGAAGAUGGAGGAGCCAGAGAAGGUUCUUAGCCAAGCUCAUGGACAGGCAGGCCGGGUUGUGGAUUUUCUUCAUGAAAAUGAGACACAAGAGAGUUUACCAAGCCUUACAUGGAUGUGUACUUACUAUGAACUCAAAAACGUUUAUGAAGUGUUAGAUUUUCUGAGUGACGGAGCCAUAGAAGAUGCCUGGUGCGUGUCUUCCUAUUUAGCGGAUGCUGAUCUCCUUCUCGCAGCUUUAAGAGGAAAAAUGAGUGUACAUAACAAAACAGAGGACGUUCUACAAUCAGUCGGUGCCUCGGUGGCUGUUCGUGGUGUGUUGUAUGGAAACAAGCAGCCAUGGUCAUCCAGAUGGCACGUGAUUCGCAAGCCAAAACUCUGGCAAGUGGAACAAUCCAUAAUACAAGCCAAGAAUCUGAGAGAGCAGAGGAACAUAGGAUACGAGGGGUCAAGAAUGGCAGAUAUGUCAGUGAUGGCUACAGAGUACAGUCCUGUGCUGAAAUGGCUAAGGUACAGGGCGUACGCAGAUGUGGUUUCAGAAAAGGAGGAAGAGACGGAUGAGGAGAAGAAUGAAACUUCUGAAGAUGAUGAAAUACAAGACUGGUGACAUUUACCAUCUUUAGUCUCCUUUUAUGUUUGGUCAAAUGAAUUUGGUAGGAUAGUUCACAUCAAUGGAAAAGGGCUAAUUGUUCUGCUUACUUCUAAAUUGGAAAUUGACAGUCACUUCGCUAUCUAACAAUGUGCACAGAAAAGUUUAUCCUUGGUUUGAUCAAGCGAAUUCUAACCCCGUUUCCAGUUG